ACACAACAUGCUUCGAUCAAACAGCACAUACUAUAAACCAGCAGACCCGGGAAAGGCAGAGAACUCAUGGCUAAAGACAGAAAGACAGAAUACUACAGAGUCAUAUCCGAAAUUUAUCUGCCAGUCUAUGUUUGCAUGUGGUGGAAGCAGGUGCCAGGUAUCUGUGUGUCUUUAUUUCUUGGCAUCGAAAACGAUUCCUUUCAAAGCAAAAAAACAAGACAAACACUUAAUCUUUCAUUCCAUCUUCAAACUGUAAUUCUUUGAAUGGCAGCCAAGAGCUGCUGUUUACACUAGAAUGUGGCCAGACGAGUUCGUUUAAGCGAGAAAUCAGAUUCCAGCCUCCUCGUGGUAUCAGGUGUGACAUCAGCAUGCCAGCUAUGCAGGGACAAGGGAGAUCUGUCUGAUAGCUUUUUAACUAUUUGUAAGGCUGCUAACAAUGAAGUUAAGUAUAUGCAGAGAGAGCCUUUUAGAAUGACAGAAUAUUACAUAAACAAACCCAUUAGAAAAGUAGACUGUCAGGGUUAGUCCGCAGCUAACAUUUAUGUGCAGAAGUGGUUCUGGCAGCUCUGUAACGGAUGGAAGGGCAUUCUCACGCUGAAUCGGACAGUACAGGCUCCUACGAUGAUCAUGGAAAGGAAAUUUACAACUUAACUCACUGCCGUCUUCAUGUCUACCUUUUUCAAACCUUGUGUGUGUGGGGGUUUGCAUAGAUCACAUUUGAGGACCAAAUUGUCCCCAAAGUGCAGGUAAAACCUGAAUUUUCCCUGCUUUUGGAGGCAUCUUUUGAGGUCCCCAUUUGGAUAAACUCUGUGCGUGCAACCAAAAAAGUAAAAAUGUAUUUGGGUUGGUUGCUUGUGGUUAAGGUUAGGGAUGGGUAGAGGUUAAGGGUGUCGUGAUUGGGAUCAGGGUUUUUCCAUAGAAAUGAAUUGAUGGUCCCCAUUUAGAUAGGUACACCAACUUGCGCGUGCGUGUGUGUGUGUGUGUGUGUGAGAGCUGCAGUUAUCAGGCCCCCAGAGGUUACUGAGCUGAGAGUAGCUGAUGCGAGGUGCUAGAAGAGCACUCUGUCUAUUUAGGCUUAUUGUGUGACCUGGCUGCGUGUUUCGAUGUGAACAGUGAUGUUAAUGAUCUUGUACCUUGGUGUGUAAUAGCCAUUAUUACAGUGUCCAGAAACAUGCUUAUUAUUAAAGUGCAAAGGUAAAACUGACCCCAAGUCACCAGUUACCAAUGAUUACACCCUACUGUGCAUUUCAAUUUCGCAAACUGCACUUUGUAGCCAAUGCUAGUUAAAGGUCACUGAGACAAGACUGAAGAUUAUACUAAUCCCUUACUAUAAUCUAUUUGUUGUGCUGGCAUCCAAGCCCCCUGACAAGCUGCAUAACCGUCCAAUUAUAAGGUUGCUUCUGGAGUUUUGGGCUAACUUACAUUAUUGAUAACACGGCAUUGGUGGAUGGGAAAAUUUCUUUCUUAUAUUUUGUUACUAAGCACUGCAGUCCACAGAGACUGUGAAUGAAGGCUCUUUUAAAGCUACUGCACGUGUGACAGGACAGGAGACCAAAGGUUCCAGUGCAGAAUUUGAUGGUUUGCAGGAAUAAUGUAGGUUAACAGGAAGCAAGUAGUUCUUUCUGAGGUGUGAAGCUUUUAUUAGAGAAAGUCAUAAAUAUGAGUAAAUAAUGCUAGACGGCUGUCAGAGGCCUUGGGUGGGAAAUAUAACUGGGAAUGUUCUGGAAGCUUGCAUGUCAGCACACUGAAGGAACGAGACUGUCUGGCAGUCAGCGUUUGUGUCACUGUCACAGGACAGCCAGGUCAGGGAGCUUGGAGUGGGGGUGCAGGAAGGAAUCCUUCAUACCGUCUCUUCUACCGUUCACAAUACAAUAUUCCGGUCAUCCAAGGAAUACAAUUCUGAGUAGGAUCCACUGCACUAAGGGUUGUGAAACGCGCCUGAAACAGUUCCACUUACCUUAAUGAGCUUAAGUUCUUGCGUGUGUGCGAGUCUUAUUCGCCUUACUGUGACAUCUGUGCGCUCCGAAUCCCUUGUAAUCCCUCCAGCUACAGCCCUCCGGUUAGAAGCAGCACCGUAACCCAACACAGAUGGAUGUUUUCCUUUUCUUUAAAAAAACCAUGAAAAUGAGUAGCUUGAUAUACAAGCAAGAUGAUUAGAAGAAGGAACUUUCCUGGCACUAUUUUUUUCUUUGCUUUAGGGUAAACCCACCCCUCCACAAUCUCAAGGACUAUUCCGGUCAAAUGCAUCUGAAAAUGAAGGUGGCAGCAGGUGGUUAAAUACUGCUACGCAGUCUACUUACCGUUUGGUAGUUUUUGACACCCGUUGACGGCUGACAGGGUCUGUAUGCGUUUUAUGUUCUCUUUAUGGUCAGAUUUUUCAAUAAAGGAAGCAGUGAGGUCACAUCAAGAUGGGUUGCUCUCCAUCGAAGGGUCACAGUUUUACUGGGGUGCAGAAUACGCUGAAGAAAGGCGGAGUUCUGCUACCGGCAUCCAAGGAGAAAAAUGAAGCUUCACGGUUGGACGAUGGGGAAAGCGCUUUAAAUCCAGGAGCCGCAGAUGAUAAAAUACUGGAGAGAGCAGCAGGAAAGGGAGGGGUUAAAGAAGAAGUAGGAAAGACAAAUCGAGCUGCCCAGCUCCCUCUGAAAUCCACCUCCCAGAGACCAUCAUCGUACACAGAGACGGGCUCUGUAUCAGGCAAGUUAUACACUCAAGAAAUCAAAACGGAGGUAAAAGAAACACAGGGCGAUGGCAUGGAGGAAAGGAUAGGAAAAAAGGCCAGACAGAAAGCUCGGAAAGUAAACAAACAAGUCAGCAAGAAAGCAAAGGAGAAAAAAGCUAUUAAGGAAAAAGUUGACUUUCCUGAGCCUCUAGUGAAUGCACACCACGCCGCCUACGCCUACCUAAAUCCCAGCAUUGCCAAAUACGAGGUCCUGCUGGGCCUGCUGGACCAGGCACUACAGACUCGGCUUUCCCUGCAGCCCAUGGUGUCCUUCAUGGCCUUACGUUACGAAGAAGUGAACAGUACGCUGGCGCAAAUAGCCGACGAGGGGGAGAGCAUCCUGAUGGAGAAUGGAGAGUAUCUGUCUUGGCCGUGCCCACUGAAGAACCAUACAGAUAAGACAAAGGACCUCACCACAGAGCAACCGCCCGACCUACUACAGCAACUGCUCCAGUACACCACGCAGAGAAUGCGCUUGGUGAGUCACUCACUAGGAAGGAUUGCAGACUCUGCCCUGGAAGAUGCAGUUGAAUAUUUUGCAUCUGUCUCUGAGCUCCUGGAUGAGAAGCUUAAAGUGAGGCGUGCUGUAGAAGCCCGGCUGGCUCAGGUCCUGACUCGCAUCGAAUUAGCUGCACUCCACAAGCCCAGUCCGGAUGACUCUACAUUAUAUAGUGAGGACAGCGGAAUUGGGCCAGAGAGCUGGUCGCUCAUGGGCUCAGAGCGCCGAAGAGAGAGUCUGGAGUCAGCUGGAGUUGGCAGUAAUAUAUCCGAUACUCCACUGAAGCGUUGGGGCUCCAGCUGCAGACAGAUGAGGAGAAUGAGCACAAGCAUGUCCCUAAAUUCAACUGACUCUUCCUGCACCAUUACAGCAAAAGAGCAGAGAGACAACAAAUCCCUGUUGGGUUUAGCCUCUAUGGAUGAUGCUGAUGGGGAAGAGGAUGAGGAUGACAAUGAGGAAGAAAAGAAGGGUUAUGCAAACCGUUCCACAUCUGAUCAAUGUCACCUACCACGCCGCCUACCAACUAAACGCAUUGAAAACCCCCAAAAUGUGGAGAUGACACUCAAGAUGAAAGACGCCAUCAGUGGACGUAUACACCUUGUCCCCAAACAAGGUCCCACUUCAAAGGUGAAGCAGGCAAGCAGCUCUGGGAAUGAGAGAUCACACUGGAUGGAAGAGAAGCAGAAGUUAAAGCGGUCACGGUCAGCUGCCCAUGGUGCGACCUCCAUGGAAAUGAAGAAGAAGGACUCGGUGACAACGCAGCGCCGCUCCCGCUCAUCAGAAUCCCCGCGCAGCAAAGCAGAGGAUCCUACCCCGAGUCAGUGCCUCGGGAGGAUGAAUAUGGCCGGCUCAAGGGAAGACGACAGAGGGAGAUCUAUCAAACGGAGAGGUGCAGGGAAGCUUCCUGGCACUCAUUCUACAGUUUCUAGUCGUCAGUGUUCUUCUUUGCCCCGAAACCUUAGUGCCUGUACCAGCCAAGAAAAGCUUAGACCAAGGCAAAACUCGUUGGGGGAAAAGGAGGUGGGCACUCAUGAGGAUGACAAGGAGAAAGAGGAAAAAUCAGGGAAAGGCCCCUUAAGGGCUGCUCCACCUCCCAGCACUCCUCCAUCAAUGGCAGAGCCGUCUCCAUCUUUGAACACAGGCACGAGUUCUGUCAAAAGGCUGAUUGACGCCUUCAGCCAGGGGUUAGAAGAAAAGCACCUCAUAGGGUCAACUUUGCUCGGACCUCUCAGAGCGGUCCGGAAAUGUGGCAUUCCCAUUAUUCCUGGCUUAGGAAAUAGAGAGGUUAUCCUGGACGAUAGCAUCAACAGUCGUCAAGUAGACUCCAAUAAUUCCAAUAGACUCGAGGACGUAGACAUAGACAACUUGCCACCACCCCCUCCUGAAGUUCUAAUGGACAACUCGUUUGAGGUGGCUCAGGAAUCCCAGUCAAAUGAUGGCAAGGAUGGCAGUGGGAGUAUGGGCUGCUCACCUGCACUUCAGAGGACCACAGUGUCCCAGCGGCUGCGUGCCUUCACGCAGUCAGUAACGGUCUUGCCAAGUCGGAGGCGGAUUAUUCCCAAAGUUUCUCCAGUGCAACAGGUCAGUCAGAACACAACAGCGGGUCCUCAAACGUGCAAGUCAGGAACCGUCAGCCAAGACCUCAAGAGUGACAAGGUCACCUCUGUAUAUGAGCAAGUCCAGAAGAUCAUACACAUCCAGCACUCCUCUGAAUCAUCCACAGAAAACUGUCAGGCCGAUACUGGGCACAGAAAACCCUUGCUGACUACGGAUGGCAUUGAGGGGAAGCGGGGAAGGGGUAACCCCGUUGACACAGUGCCUUCUACUCCAGCUGCUAACAGUCAACAGCCAGCCACUGUUCCUAUCUCAAGGGCUCGUAUUUUGCCCUCGCCACCUCCUAAACCGCAUUCCCAGCACCGCCGACUUCCUAGUCCACCUCUCUUCAAACGGCAAACUGCUCCCCCUUACUCAUGCAGCCCCCCUAGCAGCCGCAAACUACCCACCCCACCACUGAAACCGAGGGGCGUGCCAAGCACCCCCCAAGUUAAUAAGGCUGCUACUUUCCAGAGAACAACAAGUCCUCUACUCUCAAGACGGGAAAUAACCCAAAAUCCUUCCGACACCCCAAAUGCUUUCAAGACCCCUUCACCACCAGUCUCCCCAAGAGUUCAGAGAUUCAGCCGUGAUACCAGUGGUGGAGAAACCUCCCCACUGCCGGCCUCCAUCCUACAGCUUUCUGGCAAUGCUCACUCAGUCUUCUGCCCUGCGUCAUCUUCGCUGUUUCAGGCUCAGCCUUGGUCUACAUCUUGCACCCCCCAGGCAUGGACUCCAGCUGGAGGUUCCAUGCUCAAAAAGUCCUCGGUGGAGCCGAGCCGUGCUAUGCUACCGGUUUUAGUGCGGGGCCCCCGGUCUGUCAUUAGACGGAGUCAGUCAGACCGGCGACUGAGUCUGACCCUCCCUACUUGGACGCCCACAUUGUCAAUCGCUCAUAGCUGUGGAAGUGAACCUGCCAUCAACAUCCAUGGGUUUAUUCAAGACACCUACCGAUGCACUGUAAGAACUGUAUUUGCUCAUUACUGCCUUUUUCCUUGCCUAAUUUCUGCUGUUCAUUUCUCCAAUAGGCUAGAGGAUGGACAUAAUUGGGAGGCGGAAGCAUGGGGCAGCCAAUCAGAUGUAUGGGCAAUCAAUCGCUCUGUCUCACACCCAGACUUGUGCAUUGUGGGUCGUGCGUUACACCGAGAAUGA